UUGGCUCUACGGUUGGUGUGUGUGUGUUAUGUUAUGAAUAAUAUAAAGGCGAUGCAUUGCGAUUACCCUGAUUGAGACUUUAAUGAUUGACGCAUCAGCUGGACACAAAAAAAAGUCUAACAUUGGGCGGAUUUGUAAACUCGGAGCCGCAGCUUCUAGCCUCUGUAUCAUUCGUUCUUGUCAGAUGGACCGACACUGUCGACUGUGUUGCGUUUGACCCAAAGAGCUGCCAUAGACCUGUGCCAUUACUUGCAAAAAUGAUCAUUGUUUCAUGAUUGGAUGUAGUCCAGUAUGGGUGAAGAACAACUUACAGAGACUGCAACAAUAUCUGCCUUCUCCAUUGUUGAUACUUCAAGACUGUCUACCUUUGUGAUAUCCAUUCUACUCAUUGUGUAUGGCAGUUUUAGGUCACUCAACAUUGAGCGAGAGAACAAAGAGAGAGAGAAGGAAAGGGAAAAAUCGGCCAAUUUCUCAUCCACUGCUCCCUGCAAUGAUGACACACAAGUGCAGACAAUCGACACUUGUCAGGCCAUGUUUCUGCCACUCGGAGCAUCAGCAUCUCUCCUUAUCAUGUUUCUGUUCUUCGACUCGCUUCAAAUGGUCUUCGCCAUCUUCACAGCCAUUCUUGCCACGGUGGCGUUUGCCUUUCUCUUGUUACCAAUGUGCCAGUACAUGAUACAGCCAUGCUCCAGUGGACAAAAGAUCUCGUUUGGUGUGUGUGGCCGGUUCACGGCUGCUGAAAUCGUGUCGUUCUGUAUGUCUUUCAUCAUCGUGUGUAUCUGGAUCCUCACUGGGCACUGGCUCCUCAUGGAUGCUCUAGGUAUGGGUUUGUGUGUGGCAUUUAUUGCACUUGUUCGACUUCCCAGUCUAAAGGUUUCCACAUUGUUACUGGUUGGUUUGCUGAUCUACGAUGUGUUUUGGGUGUUUUUCUCAUCAUAUAUAUUUAGUACCAAUGUAAUGGUCAAGGUUGCGACGCGACCAGCUGAGAAUCCAGUUGGAUUAUUUGCCAAAAAGUUGCAUUUAACUGGAUUAAUAAGAGAUGCUCCAAAGCUUUCUCUUCCUGCCAAACUAGUUUUUCCAAGUUCUCAAAAUGCUAGUCAUUUUUCAAUGCUUGGGUUAGGAGAUAUAGUGAUGCCAGGGCUGCUGUUGUGUUUUGUUCUACGUUACGACACCUACAAGAAGUUACAGACAGCUUCUGUGGAAGCUGGCGUUCCUCCACCGUUAACUUAUGUCCAAAGGAUCACAUAUUUCCACUGCUCACUUUUAGGCUAUUUCCUUGGUUUACUCACAGCAACAGUCUCAUCUGAAGUGUUUAAAGCAGCUCAACCAGCUUUACUUUACCUUGUGCCCUUCACCUUGCUCCCUCUCCUGUGCAUGGCAUACCUCAAGGGUGACCUCAGGAGAAUGUGGUAUGAACCUUUUAUAGCAGUGCUUCCCCCCAAGCAUCAAGAAGUAUAACACCCCCAGAAACACAGAGCUGUUAUCAUGCAAGGUGCAACCAUUUUACUGGUUUACUGAACAGAAAUCUAAACCAGCAUGAGCACAAAGUAUUUGGAACAGUGCACAGUUUUCUUUUUCACCGGAUAUAUUUAAAGAUUGAAGAAAAACUGAAGAUAUGGUGACAAUAUAUAUUCAGUCUUCUUCACCGGAUGAUAUAUUUGAAGACUGAAGAAAAACUGAAGAUAUGGUGACAAUAUAUAUUCAGUCUUUUUCACCAGAUGAUAUAUUUGAAGAUUGAAGAAAAACUGAAGAUAUGGUGACAAUAUAUAUUCAGUCUGUGGAUAAUUAAUCAGUGUAUUGCUAUGAUUUUGGAAAGUCUGGAGUGAAGUAUCUGGUUUACGGAUUGCGUGUGUCUGUGAAAACUUGAACAUGGCUUGCCUGAUUUGUCGGUAUGUAUUGUGAAUAAUUGAAUAACUGGGAACCAGGAAAUGGCUUCAUCCUGAGUCUGAGUUCUUGAAGUCGGUACUGGAAUAACAGGUCAAAGAAAUGGAGGAGGAAGAAAAACGUUUCUAAACAUCAUUAUGACUUGAGUUAAGAAAGAAAAGCAUUGACUUGUAAAGUGUUCAUUACUGAAAACGGAAUACUGGAGAAUAUGCUAAAUUAUAUAAUUACUGGGUCAAGUGAAUUUUAUUCCAUUUUACAGCAGAAAGUGAGCCAUACACUAAAGAAAGCAACCAUGAGUUGUGGUUCAAGGCAUCCACUUACAUCUUUCACAAAGAAACAUGAUGUAUGGAGAGAUUUGUUGUUCAUACGAAUGGAAAUAUUGAAUCCGAUUCUAGACUAUGGAUAUGAUUUAGACUGAUGAUAAAAGUGCGUGUCUUAACCAGAUAAAGUGACUAGAUAAUUCAUAAAAAAAGGAGUAAGUUAUGCUGAAAUACUUACACCUGCGAUACUGAUUUCAAACUCAUCAUAAAAGUUAUAUGACAGACGUGACAUUUCCUAUUUUGUAACUGUAAUACACAUGAUUACAGUGGAAAAGGUAAAACAGUAAAAUAACUGACACCGUUGUAUGCGAAGCACAGUGGAAAAGGCAGUUUUAUUGUCGGGAUGGAAAAAUCUAAAUUUGUAACAGUUAAAUAGUAUCAUCAUUUGCCAGUGUUUUCAUGUAUCUGCUUGGGCAGUAAAAAAAAAAAAAUAUUGCUAGUCAUCAAGGUGGAUGCUAAAGAAGUAGCUUUCUUUGUGAACAAUAUUUGCGAUCAAAGAAUGACUUGUCUUAAUUCGAAGUGGACACCUUGAGUUGUGAGCUGUUUAAGCGGUUAGAGGUGAUAAUAAUUUCCAUUGCUGUUCGGCCAUGCAUGAAGAUCUUGUCACACUUUCAUGUAUUUCAAGUUGUAGAGUCCUCAAGUAUGAAAAUACAGCUGAUACCUGCUGCUUCCAUGGUUACAAAUCAUUGUUAAAAAUAGUGGAUGUGGUUGUGUGUACCCAAUGAUCAUUAUUAUUUAUUACCUAUUAUUAUUAUUACAUGUAUGAUUCUUUUUUUGUUAUUUAGAAAGUAGAAACUUUUCCGAGUAGCUAAUUUGUAGUAGAAGAGUAACUGUGACAUUAGCACUUUUUUAAUAUAAAAAAAAUUAAAGCAUUUAUUUAAGAUUUGUGUAUGGCCAGCUGGGUCAGGUGUUAAGUCAGAGCUAGUAAAUCGUAUGAUAUUUAAGGUGAGGGUUUGCACAAAGCUUUAAAUACAGUUGCAUUGGUAUCACUUUUACAGGUUGAUGUACCUAGGGUUUUUUUUCCUAUGCAAUUAUAUUAUUCCAUAGGCAUGAUAUGCAGGUGGGGGUAUGGGUGGGGGUGUAAAUGUGUUUGGCCUCAAUUAGGGGUGUGUGGACACAUGAUUCCUUACCUUUAGUUGCGACGGGCCUGCAACUGCAUCCAUAAUUAAAACUGAUAUAUACAGCUUAGUAUUGGGAAUGUCUGUAAUGUGUAUCACACAGCAUUAGUAUACAGUCCAUAAUAAAUGAAUCCAUGUUCGUUUGGGCUUAGGUCCUUGCAACAUUUAUAAACACAGCAAAAGAGGAAGCAUUUGUUGGUAGUAACUUUUAUCAGUACGUCCACCAUCACAGGCCUGGGGUGAGAACCCCGGAUGUACUCUGUAUGACAUAAGCAAAUUAUUUUAGAUACUCUCUGAACCUUACAGUUAGAGCAGCUACAUUGUUGAGUAGUAUGAGGAUAAUUUGUUAGUUUUUAAAAAAAGAAAGAAAAUGUUUUUCUGAACCUCCAUCUGUUAUUAAAGAACAAACCCUUGCAGUUAAGAAAAUGUCCAUGGCAAAAAACAUGUCAUUGGAAAAAAACCUGAAUAUAGUCCAUGGCAAAAAACGUGUCAUUGGAAAAAAAAAACCUUAAUAUAGUCCAUGGCAAAAAACAUGUCAUUGG